UGCCAGAAUCCAGCGGGCGAGAGCAACAACGCCUGUGUCCAAAACGGAAACGAGUGACCACGACUGGGCCCUUGUGCUCUCAGCUGACGCUGUUAUCCGGCCAUUAUUAAUCAGUCCACCCCCCGCCAUCCCACCGGCCCGGCGGCGGCGAUAGGCGUCCGUGAUGGUGGUGGUGAUGGAGAAGGAGGAGAUGGAGAUGGAGCGCAGGGCGUACGCGCGCGUGGGCCUCCUCGGCAACCCCAGCGACGUGUACGGCGGCCGCGCCGUCUCCUUCGCCGUCGCGGGGCUCUGGGCCACCGUCCGCCUCCGCGCCUCCGACGACCUCCUCGUCCAGCCCCACCCGCGCCACGACCUCGUCGCCUUCCCCUCGCUCCCCGCCCUCGUGGAGCGCCUGGACGGCGGCGGCUACUACGGCGGCGUGCGGCUGCUGCUGGCGAUCUGCAGGGUCUUCCACGACCACUGCAAGCACAGCGGGAUCGCCCUGGAGGACAAGAACUUCGCGCUGUCGUACGACACCAACAUUCCCCGCCAGGCCGGGCUCUCCGGCUCCAGCGCCAUCGUCUGCGCCGCGCUGAGCUGCCUCCUGGAUUUCUACGGCGUCAGGGACAGGAUCGGGGUCGAGGUCAGGCCCAGCCUCAUCCUCAACGCCGAGAAGGAGCUCGGGAUCGUCGCCGGGCUCCAGGACCGCGUCGCGCAGGUCUACGGCGGCCUUGUCUACAUGGAUUUUAGCCAGGAGCAUAUGGAUAAGCUGGGUCAUGGAGUGUACACGCCGCUGGAAGUUGAUCUGCUCCCCCCUCUGUAUCUCAUCUACGCCGAGAACCCGAGUGACUCUGGCAAGGUCCACAGCAGCGUCAGGCAAAGGUGGCUCGACGGAGACGAGUUCAUAAUAUCAUCCAUGAAAGAAGUCGCGCAGCUCGCGUAUGAUGGCCACAAUGUGUUGUUGCAGAAGAAUUAUACCGAGCUCGCGAGGCUUAUGAACAAGAACUUUGAUCUGCGGAGGAAAAUGUUUGGAGACGACGCACUAGGUGAGGUGAACAUAAAGAUGGUUGAGGUAGCGAGGAGCGUCGGCGCCGCGUCGAAGUUCACGGGCAGUGGGGGCGCGGUGGUGGCCCUGUGCCCAGACGGCGAUGCGCAGGCGGAGCUCCUGAAGACAGCGUGCCAGGAGGCCGGUUUCAUGGUGGAGCAGAUUGAGGUCGCCCCGUCGGCGCUGACAAAGGAGGAGCUGGCAAGCUUGUCAGGUCACCAGUAGCCAAAAGGAUCCCAUAUAUUCAAAUAUACGCCCUCCGCCCCGAAUUAGUUGUCUUAGAUUUGUCUAGAUACAAAUGUAUCCGGACACAACUAAUUUGGGACGGGGGUAAUAGACAAGAGCAUAGCAAGCAUGCAAUUUGCUGUCACCACAGGAGUCCAUUUUUUCUUAUUUGUUCGAGUCAUCACAGGAUCACAUGAGUUUUUCAUGUUGUUUGAUCAUACUUUUGUGUGUGGUGUAAGUGGAACACUGAUGUAUCAUCAUGAUGACGCAUGCAAAAUAAAAGGUUCCUUUUCUUA